AACCUGCUACGUUCUUCCCAGUGAACUGCAAUGGCUGGCAGUUUUUUACCUCGUUAUUGUUUUCUUAAAUAUAGGGGAAAGAGUGAGAAAGAAAUAGACGUUUAACUGUUAAAUAGUGAUCUGAAUGUUGUUUGCACAUAAAUAUAUUUAAUUUACAUGUUAAAAGUAUAUAUCGUGAAAGUUGAUAUAAACAAGUAUUGAUAUUAUUAUCGUAAAUGUCAUAUUUUGACACAUAGUAUUAAAUAAGACAAAAAUAUUAAUUAAAUAUAUUCUAUAUAUUAAUCAAAUGACAUUAAUUAGAAUCUUGUUCAUUAAAUUAUUUAAUUACAAUUAUUUAACGUUUAAUCUAUCUCAUUAUAAAUGGCAAUUCAAGGUGUUGCUAUAGUAGCGCUUACAGUUGGUUUAGCAAGUUUAUUAUAUUAUAUUUUUGCUAAUAAUGGAGCACAAGAAGAACCUUAUGGAUAUGGAAAUACUAGAGGUGCUAAUGGUUCAACUUUUGAAAGGUUUCCCAAUUAUUUCACCUCCUUGGAACAAUCAUCAAACAACGAGCAACAAAAUCGACACAGAAAACGAUCUAAGAGAUUGCAGAAUGAAAAUACCGUCUGCACUAUCUGUUUACAAGAAAUUUCAAGUCAACGUAAAGUGCUUCCAUGUAAUCAUUCGUUUCAUGAAAAAUGUAUUAAUACAUGGAGAUCGGAAGGUCCAAUGGGAUCACGUAAUACUUGCCCUAUUUGCAGACAAAUUCACGUUAAUAUCUAGUUUUAUAAAUGGGUAGUGUUCAUUUUUUGACACAAACUUGUAAUUAUGAAGUAUUUA